AUGACGUAUGAUGAUACGACGAUGGAUGGAACCAUUGAGCGAGAGAUCUCGCAGAUGCGUCACUUGGCCAUAACUGGUGUCACUUUGGCCACUGUUUCCACCGUUUUAAUAUUAUUUUCUCUUCCGUUCAUGUAUGAAGUUGUAACAGAACGGCAUACUUCAAUGCUAGACGAGCUGAACUUUUGUCGUUCAAAUCGGGAAAUGAUGAAAGGAGAAAUUGUAAAAACAAAGGUAAGGCGUUACACCUCAUUUUGAUGGCAGGUUUUCAGUUUAUGCUUAAUGUAAACCCUCGGUAUAAACGUGCGCCAAAGAAAGGCUCGGGAACGUCGAAGCAGACUCCGUCGUAUCCAAUAAUAACCUACGCCGACGACCCGUUCCCAGAAUCGUACACUCCAUACAAAGCUCAACGAUAUGGCGGAUACACUCCAACCACGACCGGCUGCUGUGGAUGUGGAGUAUCUCCACAAGGGCCGCCUGGUCCACCCGGCUAUCCUGGAUUGUCGGGUGAUGAUGGAAUGCCGGGUAUGCCCGGAAACCCGGGAUACGAUGGACCUCCUCCACUCCCUUCGCCUCCACCCAAUUGGUGCUUCGCAUGUGAACCCGGAUUCCCGGGAUACCCUGGUAAACCAGGUCUACCCGGCCCUCCCGGUCAGCCAGGAUUCCCGGGAGAAAGUGUUUACAUGUCACCCGGACCUCCUGGUUAUCCUGGUCCACCGGGACCUCCAGGAAUGGAAGGAGAACCUGGAUAUCCCGGGGAACCUGGGCCUCCAGGAGGGAUCUACGACCUGCCUCCUUCAAUGGGUCCACCUGGGCCUCCAGGCCCGCCUGGGUACCCCGGCUAUCCUGGACCACCCGCAGCUGAUGGAGAGCCGGGCUAUCCAGGAGGAAUGGGAGAGAUGGGAGAUCCCGGGUAUCCGGGACGGCCUGGAAAUCGUGGGGAGACAGGAUUGAGUGGCCGUCCUGGCUAUCAAGGACCGCCUGGAGACUGCUCACACUGCCCGUAUCCUCGGACUGCUCCUGGAUAUUAA